UCUUGGAUCUUAAGCGGAGACAGGGCCUGUACCCACGUUGGGCUUCCUGCGAGCUGGAGCUGCUCUCUGGGCGCCUGCUGAGCCGCGACGACAGACGACUGCAAGCGAGGCGGAGCUAGCAUGGCCGGGGCCGGGGCCGCUGCGCUGUCCCUUCUCCUGCAGCUCGGGGGCCUGGCGCUGGCCGUGGGCGCGGGCGCGGGAGGUGGGACUGUCCCCAAGGAGCCCCCUGGGCAGCAGACACCUGUCCACUCCUCAGCCCCUGCUGGGGACCCCCAGGAGCAGUGGCUCCCCCUGCGAGAGUGGCUGGGGCGGCUGGAGGCUGCAGUGGUGGAGCUCAGAGAACAGAAUAAGGACCUGCAGAUGAGGGUGAGGCGGCUGGAGUCCUGUGAGUGUCACCCUGCAUCUCCCCAGUGCUGGGGGCUGGGGCGUGCCUGGCCCGAGGGGGCGCGCUGGGAGCCUGACCCCUGCACAGCCUGCGUCUGCCAGGAUGGGACCGCUCACUGUGGCCCCCAAGCCCACCUGCCCCAUUGUGGGGGCUGCAGCCAGAAUGGCCAGACCUACGGCAACGGGGAGACCUUCUCCCCAGACGCCUGCACCACCUGCCGCUGUCUGGAAGGGACCAUCAGCUGCACGCCGAAGCCAUGUCCAAGAGGACCCUGCCCUGAGCCAGGAGCAUGCUGCCCGCACUGUGAGCCAGGCUGUGAGUAUGAGGGGCAGCUUUAUGAGGAGGGGAGCACCUUCCUAUCCAGUUCCAACCCUUGUCUGCAGUGCACCUGCCUGAGGAGCCGAGCUCGCUGUAUGUCCCUGAAGUGCCCGCCCAGCCCCUGCCCACAGCCAGUCCUGAGGCCUGGGCACUGCUGCCCGACCUGCCAAGGCUGCACAGAAGGUGGCUCUCACUGGGAACAUGGCCAAGAGUGGACCACACCGGGGGACCCCUGCCGAAUCUGCCAGUGCCUGGAGGGUCACAUCCAGUGCCGCCAGCGAGAAUGUGCCAGCCUGUGUCCGUACCCAGCCCGGCCCCUCCCAGGCACCUGCUGCCCUGUGUGUGAUGGCUGUUUCCUAAACGGGCGGGAGCACCGCAGCGGGGAGCCCGUGGGCUCAGGGGACCCCUGCUCGCACUGCCGCUGCGCUAACGGGAGUGUCCAGUGUGAGCCUCUGCCCUGCCCGCCGGUGCCCUGCAGACACCCAGGCAAGAUCCCUGGGCAGUGCUGCCCUGUCUGCGAUGGCUGUGAGUACCAGGGACACCAGUAUCAGAGCCAGGAGACCUUCACACUCCAAGAGCGGGGCCUCUGUGUCCGCUGCUCCUGCCAGGCUGGCGAGGUCUCCUGUGAGGAGCAGGAGUGCCCAGUCACUCCCUGUGCCCUGCCUGCCUCUGGUCGCCAGCUCUGCCCAGCCUGUGUGCUGGAUGGAGAGGAGUUUGCUGAGGGAGUCCAGUGGGAGCCUGAUGGUCGGCCCUGCACCACCUGCGUCUGUCAAGAUGGGGUACCGAAGUGCGGGGCUGCGCUCUGUCCCCCAGCCCCCUGCCAGCACCCCACCCAGCCCCCUGGUGCCUGCUGCCCCAGCUGUGACAGCUGCACCUACCAUGGCCAAGUGUAUGCCAAUGGGCAGAACUUCACGGAUGCAGACAGCCCUUGCCAUGUCUGCCGCUGCCAGGAUGGAACUGUGACAUGCUCCUUGGUUGACUGCCCUCUCACGACCUGUGCCAGGCCCCAGAGUGGACCGGGCCAGUGUUGCCCCAGGUGCCCAGACUGCAUCCUGGAAGAAGAGGUGUUUGUGGACGGUGAGAGCUUCUCCCACCCCCGAGACCCCUGCCAGGAGUGCCGAUGCCAGGAAGGCCAUGCCCGCUGCCAGCCUCGCGCCUGCCUCAGGGCCCCCUGUGUCCACCCGCUGCCUGGGACCUGCUGCCGGAACGACUGCAGCGGCUGUGCCUUUGGCGGUAAAGAGUAUGCCAGCGGAGCGGACUUCCCCCACCCCUCUGACCCCUGCCGUCUGUGUCGCUGUCUGAGCGGCAACGUGCAGUGCCUGACCCGCCGCUGCUCGCCGCUGCCCUGUCCAGAACCUGUCCUGCUGCCGGGAGACUGCUGCCCGCAGUGCCCGGCACCCCCGGCUCCCGCCGGCUGCCCACGGCCCGGCGCGGUCCCCGCCCGCCACCAGGAGUACUUCUCCCCGCCCGGCGAUCCCUGCCGCCGCUGCCUCUGCCUCGACGGCUCCGUGUCCUGCCAUCGGCUGCCUUGCCCGCCCGCGCCCUGCGCGCACCCGCGCCAGGGUCCUUGCUGCCCCUCCUGCGACGGCUGCCUGUACCAGGGGAAGGAGUUUGCCAGCGGGGAGCGCUUCCCAUCGACCACUGCCGCCUGCCACCUCUGCCUUUGCUGGGAGGGCAGCGUGAGCUGCAAGCCCAAGGCAUGUGCCCCUGCACUGUGCCCCUUCCCUGCCAGGGGCGACUGCUGCCCUAACUGUGAUGGCUGUGAGUACCUGGGGGAGUCCUACCUGAGUAACCAGGAGUUCCCAGAUCCCCGAGAACCCUGCAACCUGUGUACCUGCCUUGGAGGCUUCGUGACCUGCGGCCGCCGGCCCUGUGAACCCGCGGGCUGCAGCCACCCAUUCGUCCCCUCUGGGCACUGCUGCCCGACCUGCCAGGGAUGCCACUACCAUGGCGUCACUGCUGCCUCCGGAGAGACCCUUCCUGACCCACUUGACCCUGCCUGUUCCCUCUGCACCUGCCAGGAAGGUUCCAUGCGCUGCCAGAAGAAGCCAUGUCCCCCAGCUCUCUGCCCCCACCCCUCUCCAGGCCCCUGCUUCUGCCCUGUUUGCCACAGCUGCGUCUCUCAGGGCCGGGAGCACCAGGAUGGGGAGGAGUUUGAGGGAGCAGCAGGCAGCUGUGAAUGGUGUCGCUGUCAGGCUGGCCAGGUCAGCUGUGUGCGGCUGCAGUGCCCACCCCUUCCCUGCCAGCUCCAGGUCACCGAGCCGGGGAGCUGCUGCCCUCGCUGCAGAGGCUGCCUGGCUCAUGGGGAAGAGCACCCUGAAGGCAGUAGCUGGGUGCCCCCCGACAGUGCCUGCUCCUCCUGCGUGUGUCACGAGGGUGUCAUCACCUGUGCACGCGUCCAGUGCAUCAGCUCUUGCGCCCAGCCCCACCAGGGGCCCCAUGACUGCUGUCCUCGAUGCUCUGACUGUGAGCAUGAGGGCCGGAAGUACGAGCCCGGGGAAAGUUUCCAGCCUGGGGCAGACCCCUGUGAAGUGUGCAUCUGCCAGCCACAGCCUGAGGGGCCUCCCAGCCUUCGCUGUCACCGGCGGCAGUGUCCCAGCCUGGUGGGCUGCCCCCGCAGCCAGCUCCUGCCCCCUGGGCCCCAGCACUGCUGUCCGACCUGUGCCCAGGCUUUGAGUAACUGUUCAGAGGGCCUGCUGGGAUCUGAGCUAGCCCCACCGGACCCCUGCUACACAUGCCAGUGCCAGGACCUGACAUGGCUCUGCAUCCACCAAACCUGUCCUGAGCUCAGCUGUCCCCUCUCGGAGCGCCACACUCCCCCUGGGAGCUGCUGCCCCGUGUGCCAGGAAUGUGUGGUGGAGGCCGAGGGCCGGAGAGUGGCAAAUGGAGAGAGCUGGAGGGACCCCAGCGAUGCGUGCAUCACCUGCAUCUGUCGUCGGGGCCAUGUGGAGUGCCACCUCGAGGAGUGCCAGGCCCUCUUCUGCCCCCAUGGCUGGGCAAAGGUGCCCCAGGCCGACGGCUGCUGUGAGCGAUGCCAAGCUCCCACCCAGUCCUGCGUGCACCAGGGCCGUGAGGUGGCCUCUGGAGAGCGCUGGACUGUGGACGCCUGCACCAGCUGCUCCUGCAUGGCGGGCACCGUGCGUUGCCAGAGCCGGCGCUGCUCACCACUCUCGUGUGGCCCCGACAAGGCCCCUGCCCUGAGUCCUGGCAGCUGCUGCCCCCGCUGCCUGCCCCAGCCAGCUUCCUGCAUGGCCUUCGGAGACCCCCAUUACCGCACCUUCGACGGCCGCCUGCUGCACUUCCAGGGCAGUUGCAGCUAUGUGCUGGCCAAGGACUGCCACAGCGGGGACUUCAGUGUGCACGUGACCAAUGAUGACCGGGGCCGGAGCGGCGUGGCCUGGACCCAGGAGGUGGCGGUGCUGCUGGGAGACGUGGCCGUGAGGCUGCUGCAGGGCGGAGCAGUCACUGUGAGCAAAGCCGAUGAGCAGAGGAAGGUGGAUCCCAUGCUGUCCACCCAUGUGCCUCGACAUCGCCCCUCCUCCCACCUCCUUUAUCCUCCAGGUGGAUGGGCGCCCAGUGGCCUUGCCCUUCCUGCAGGAGCCGCUGCUGUAUGUGGAGCUGCGAGGACACACUGUGAUCCUGCAUACCCAGCCCGGGCUCCAGCACUGGCCGCGCUGAACACAGUGCCUGGGGCCAUAAAGGACCCUGAGCUUCUUCAGGCCCCUGUCCUUACCUGCUCCCCAGUCCCAGGCCUCUCCACACAGGUGCUGUGGGACGGGCAGUCCCAGGUGGAGGUGAGCGUGCCUGGCUCCUACCAGGGCUGGACUUGUGGGCUCUGUGGGAACUUCAACGGCUUUGCCCAGGAUGAUCUGCAGGGCCCUGAGGGGCUGCUCCUGCCCACAGAGGCUGCGUUUGGGAAUAGCUGGCAGGUCCCAGAGGGGCUGGGGCCUGGCCGGCCCUGUUCUGCAGGCCGAGAGAUGGAUCCGUGCCGGGCAGCAGGUUACCGUGCCAGGCGUGAGGCCAAUGCCCGGUGUGGGGUGCUGAAGUCCUCCCCAUUCAGUCGCUGCCAUGCUGUGGUGCCACCGGAGCCCUUCUUUGCCGCCUGUGUGUAUGACCUGUGUGCCUGUGGCCCUGGCUCCUCCGCUGAUGCCUGCCUCUGUGACGCCCUGGAAGCCUAUGCCAGUCACUGUCGCCAGGCAGGAGUGACACCUACCUGGCGAGGCCCCACGCUAUGCGUGGUAGGCUGCCCCCUGGAGCAUGGCUUCGUGUUCGAUGAGUGCGGCCCGCCCUGUCCCCGCACCUGCUUCAAUCAGCAUAUCCCCCUGGGGGAGCUGGCAGCCCACUGCGUGAGGCCCUGCAUGCCCGGCUGCCAGUGCCCUGCAGGCCUGGUGGAGCACGAGGCCCACUGCAUCCCACCCGAGGCCUGUCCCCAAGUCCUGCUCACUGGAGACCAGCCACUCGGUGCUCCGCCCAGCCCCAGCCGGGAGCCCCAGGAGACACCCUGAGCCAGGACAGUGCCUGACCAGGGUUCAUCAGGCCAGGAGUCUCCCCUUGGCAAGCAGUUCCCACCCUGGUCAGGGCUGUGGAGAGAAUGCCCUGCCUGGACAGUGGAGCCUGGGCCCCUGCCCUGCAAAGACCCCUGCUGUGUUGAGUCACAAGUAGUAAACUCUAGGCCUGCCCGAAGGCUUCCUUGUGUGUGUGUGUAUUUCCUCCUGGUGCUGGGACAGAGGCUGGGCUGCCAGGAACAUGGGGUCUAGUGAUCAAUGGUCCCAGAAUCACAGCACCAUGCACCUUCCUUGCACCUGCAUGCCUGGGCUGCCCCACCCAGCCACUCCCUGGUGCUGUCUGGGAAACCCUGCAGUGGUAGGAGGAGGACCCUGGUGCCUGGUCUUAGCCCUGUGCUCAUUCUGUGUAGCAGGCAUGAUGCAUGGCCCCAUGUGGUACCUUCUGUGGAUCCAUGUGGGAUCCUGCAGGGGCUGAGGAACCAUGGAGAAGGGGCUGCAUCAGAGAAUGGCCUCCCCCUUCCUUGUGGCUGGGGGAUACUGAAUGUGCAAGCACCUUCUGGGCCACUCCGAGGGCUAGUGACACAAUGCCUGGGGUGAGAAACAGGAGAAGCAACAGACCACAAUGCAAUAUGGACAUGUGCCUGCGUGUGCACACAGAAACACAGAAACACACACAGAAACAUACAUCCCUCAGAAGCCCAGAUAAACACAUGCAAUGCAUACCUGCCUGCCUUCACAACCACACCCACCCCGGGCAGAUGUGUGGGCAGUAGACACUGGCAGCGUGUGAAGACGUCACUGUAGGGAGGGAACAUGGGUUUUGAGAUAGAAAAAGUCCAGAAUUCAAGUUUUCUUUGCCGCCUACUCUGUGAGCUUGGUGUUUUAGGGACCUUGGUCAUGAGGUCAGGGGACUCCAUCCUCAUUGCUCCCUGAUAUUCCAACAGGGAGUGAAGGGCUUUGUGCUCAGGCAGGGAUGCAGGAGAGUGCCGGGUUGAAUUAGAGGCCACUCAGCCUGCUUGCUCUUUCAUUGAGGCUGUUCUCUCUUCCAGCCAAGAGGAGGGUCUGCUCCGUUCUCUCAUGGAAUGGGGACAAAGUAGCCAGCAGGCAAAUCUGCUCACAACUGGGCAGGAUGUAAAGAUGGCAGAGCUCCUGCACUCAGCCCCUCUUCUGAUUAGAUAACUUAUAUGACCUGUCUAUUCAUCUGUGAGGUGAGGAUGAUAAUAGUAAGUGUCAGGGAAUGAACAGUGACCCAUGGACAGCACUUACUAGGUGGACAGCAUGGACAAGCAUGUGGGCAGUGCUUGCCCGGGCAGGGCCUCUUACCACUCGCCUCUUGCUGAUGGAUGGCCUGGGCUCCCAGGACCAUGUCUUCCCAGAGGGUAUCACAUCCAUCCAUCUCCAGAUGAAAAAAAUGCUGCUGCAUGUUAAGACAAGCUAUUCUUUU